AUGCCUUGCUCACCCCAUCCCUUCAACGAUCCAAUCCCCGAUGCCUGCCCCAACCUCCUCUCCAUCCCCGCCCAAGUCCGCGAAGUCUACCCAGGAAGGCUCUUCACCCCUGAAGCCCUCGCACGGUUGACCACAACCAACAGACGCUUCAUCGCCCGCAUUCUCCGCUAUCUCCGGCCCAAAAGCUGGAUAGAUGCGAUUCCCAACGACCCCACCCUCCCAUCAAGGAUCGGCAUUCUACCAUCCGGGAAGUGGAAUAGACCCUGCAAUCUCUCCCACGAGGCUGCCCCGGCAGUAGCCUACGCCAUCGAAACCGGCCACCUGGACAGAGUCAUGGAGCUGGUUGAAAGAACCCGCAUCCCUGCUAACUCUUCCGAUCGGAACUCCAAUUGCCUUCUUCACAUCGCCCUGGUCUCAAACCAGAUUGAGAUAGCUGAGUAUCUUCUCUUAAGAGGCGCCUAUGCAGAUGGCUACCACCCCUCAACUAUCCCCGAGCUUGACCAUCUGUUCCUCUCCCCUUCAAACACAGGCCCUCAAUGCCCGAUCGUCCGUGAAAGAAUCCUCACUCUCCUUCUAAGUCACAGGGCCUCUAUAAGCCGCUUUCCCACGCAAAAUAUGUUCUACAUAAAUCCAAGGAACGCCCCGAGAUUCCUUGAAUACCUUCUUGACAACCACCCUGAGAUUGCAGACCUUCGCUCCGCUUCAGGUCACACUCUUCUGCACACUGCAGCAGCCCUGGGCGAUCCUGAAAGUUGCGAAUUCCUCCUUGAACGAGCCCCCCAUCUGUUGACUAUUGAUACCGAUUGGGGAGUGACUGCUUUGCAUCUAGCAAUCCUAGAAAAGAACGAGCCAACUGCCUGCUUCUUGAUCGACAGGGGGAUACGUCUCCACUUCCGCGAUAAGUACAAUCGUACUGAGUUGUUUCUUGCAGCGGCGAUGGGUCUUCCAACCGUCGUGGAACAUCUGCUGGAAUUGAGGACGGCGGAGAGGUCGUAUAUCUCGGGUAAAUGGCGGUAUGACGCCAAGGCAGCAGUCAGGUUGGCCCUUUACCUUGGGUAUGAGGAGAUUGUGAGGUUGAUCCGGAAUAAGUAUAAUCUUACCUGGCUCGCCAUCCUAAAGGGCUACCUCACGUGGGCCAACAUUCCUCAGACCCCCAAAGCACCCCGAGCCCAAGCCCCCAGGCACCGGAGACGGGGAACACCUCGGAACCUCUCCUCGGGACAGUUCGUGCAUCGACACCGCAGACGGACUGCUUCUGUGACUCCGACUCCGACCCCGCAUGCUCAUGCUCACGCCCGUAGCCAUAACCAGGGAAGGGGUGCCAGGGGAAGGGCGUUCCAGGGUAGACACCACGGGCGGAGGAGGAGUACUUCGGUUCGGAGUAAUACUCCUACUUCUGUUGUGGGUGGAUCUGCUUCUGGAUCUGCUUCUGAAGCUAGGGAGAGGAUCACUUGGUGGUGUGGAAUCAACACGGUUAACCCGAUGUUGAAACUCCGAGAUAUUGGAACCCUUGGUACGUGUGAUAUCAGCUCUGUUCGGCGGGUGUUAUGCGGUGUUGAGCGUGACAUUUCAUCUCUUGGUGGGUCUGGUAUCAGCCGGUGUUUUGCGGUGUCUGAACUGUUAGUAUGUGUGGUCUCGGCACGAUUGAGCGGGUGUUGGGUGUGUCAUCAACAUGGUUGAGCCGUUCAUGUCCGUCUGGUGUUGAGGUGUGGUGUGGUGGAUGUAAUGGAAGAGGUGAAAAGUUAUUGCUAAUCAGUUAACGAG